ACACCAGUGCCAUUUGUAUUACUAAAAAUCCCGUGCAGCAUUCUAGAACCAAACAUAUAGAAGUGAAAUAUCAUUUCAUCCGGGAUCUAGUUCAGGCUCAAACUGUUGCUCUACAUCAUAUUCCUACUGAAUUCCAACUGGCUGAUAUUUUCACAAAAUCUCUACCUGCUGAUCGAUUCAUCUUUUUGUGCUAUGAACUCGGGCUUUGCUCUCAUCAGGCUCUCUCCGAGAGCAUCAUUAGUUAAGAUCUUCUUCCUUUUUAGUUUUUAUUUUUUAUUUUUCCUGUUCUGAUCUUCAUUUAUUACUUUCUUUUUGUGUGAUAGUUUUCAUCUUGUUUAGUAGUUUCCUUGAUUGUGUAUGUCGUGUUUAUUUAACAACCAGUCCUAGGUCUCUUCCUCGUCCUCUCCAUCUGCUUCUUCUCUGUCUUGUCUUACAAUGGUGCUCAUCAUCACAUACAUGGGUACAUUGUUCCUUGAGCCUGUCAUCUCAAACUAUCAUCGUCACAUCUAGUUUUUUAUCAAUCGCCCCUUGAUUUCCUUCUGUCUUAUGCCAUUCCCUGCUUUAGUGGACGCUGGCCUUGAUAUUACUCCCUUCGUUCAGAACCUUGGUUGGACCUCUCUCCUUGAUGCUCCUCUAACGACCUCGUUUUGUCCUGAAAUUAUCCAACUGUUCUAUUCUAAUCUUCAAUCCCCUGGGCUGUCAUCUCGUUCCUUUCACUCUAUGGUCUUUGGCCAUGCCUUUGCUAUUCAUAUUGACGAUCUCAGCAUGCUCUUGAAUAUUCCUGUUCAUGGGGUUACUUUAGCUGAUGAGUCCGAAUUUCCCCUGUUUGCCUUCAACCUUGUUGAGAAAUUUCUUGCUAUUAUUGGCCAUCCUCCCGGACCAAAUAAUACUUUACCUGUCACUGUCCUUCCCCCACCCCUUCGUCUCCUCCACUAUUACAUUGUUCGAGUCUUCCUUCCCAGAGAUCACUCUGUCACGACUAUUCUCCCUCUCGAUCUUUGGAUCAUCUCGAAUGCUGUCCAUGGUACCCUUCUGAAUUACUUUCACUUAUUUUUUGAGUCCCUACUGCGAUUCACUGAACCUGUCCUAGGUGAAGCCCUGCCUUUCGGUCCCCUUGUGUCGACCCUUCUAGUUCACCUUGAGAUAAACCUGUCAUCCUUUAUCACUUUCGAUCUUGUGUUCUCCCCUGUGGCUGCGGAUAUUCUUGAAGCUCUGGAGAUUGCGAUUGAAGGGGAGGAACCCCUUGACGAGGACAAUGGAGACGAGGACACUAUCAAGGAAGAAGUCGACUGCAACACUAGUGUUAGUUCCAGUGAGAGCAGUGACACCAACAACAACACCAGUGAUGAUGUUUAACUUAGUUCGAUUGUUUAGCUAGUCUUAUGGUUGUCGGCUUAAAUUUCGUGAUAGAUUAUGAUUGCUUCGGCCUUUUAUGAUUGCUUCGGUUAAAACUGUGUCGACUUUGCUAUCUAUGAUAAUCUCUUUUUCUCUAUGCGGAUUGAAUGUUCCUCUUAAAGAGAUGUGAAAUAACUAUCCUCUUGUUGAAUACUAACUCCUUGAGAAGAGGAAAGGUAGUGUCGUCUUCUUUGUUUCAGGCAAUCGAUAAUCUCUGAUUUAAGGGGAGAUUGUAGGAAGAUUUGGGAAAUCAGAGACAGUCGACAAAAUAGCUCGUUGGGAAUAAAUCAUCAUCCUAGAAUCUUGGAAAUCAAGUCGAAAUCAAUCAACUGAUUGAUUGCAUAAUCACAGCACAAGAAUCACUCCUUUGAUCAAGCAUUGCAAAUAAGGAAGGUUCCAACUCACUCAAACCACCUCCUCCUCUUCUAUAAAAGGGACUGAAACGUAUUGCCUCUUCACUUUUGUGAGAGAACGGAAAAGGGUUUCUAAACAAAAGGGUUUAGCAAAGGGGAAGAGGUUCUUUGCUAGUGGCUGAUACAAAUUCCGGAGUUUGGAAUUUGGGUUGUUUAUUCGUCAUUCUACUUUGUUUCUAGAAUUUCUUUCUUUGAGUCUUUAUUUCGAUUUGCUUCUUUUGUACUUGUAAGUUAGAUUGUAAAGAAAAUAAAAUAGAGUCGUAGGUGUAGACGUAGCCCAUUGCACCAGGGUGAACCACGUUAAAAAUAUCGUGUGUUCUUUAAAUUUCUGCACUUUUCUUUUCGUACUUCAUCUUCCAUACCAAUCCUCAGUUUUCCAAGGAUUUUGAUCCAAGGAAGAAAACAAACCUAAGUGUUCUCUAUAUUGGUCUGCUCGGCUGGGCUUACCAAUCCUCAAGCCCAUCUCAAUGUUGGAUUUCUGCUAAUAGAUUUCAAGUGGGCUUGAGAAGCUGUGGCCCGAACUGAAGGGGAGAAUCAGAACGAAAACACUGAAGGACUUCUCCUUCAUUUUCGAUCUUCUUCCUCUUCUGCUUCUUCCUUACUUUCCCAAACUUACAAUCCCUAAAAUUGGUCCCCUUGAUUACAUAUACUAUUGCUUGUUUUCCUUUAACGAUCUACUUUCGAGACUAUAAAUAUCGAUUUUUAAU